UGUGACGCGACACCGGUAACUGUGGUCGGAGCUGUGAGUGUGAAGUCUUUUAUUCGGUAACAUGUCGGAUGCUUUGUUGCAGUGGUGUGUGGACCAGUUAAACCACAAGUUUGGCUUGGAGGCAUGCGAAGACAUUGUCCAAUACAUUUUGUCCAUUGAAAGAGCUGAAGAGAUUGAGGAGUAUGUGGGAGACCUCCUACAGGGAACAGAUGGGAGAAAGGGUCAGUUUAUUGAUGAGCUCCUCAUCAGAUGGAAGAAGACUCAAAGACAGGCCACAGAUAACACAAGUCUUUUCGUCCUCAAGGAAUCGGUCUCAUCACCAGAUUCACAAGACGUGACCAAAGAUACCCAGAAGAAGUCCAAACGCAAGGGCCGUAACAAACAGGAAGUGAUGACUGUGAGCCAAACAGAACCUGAGCCAGAGGCAGUCAAAACUCCCAUUGAUCUGAUGAGGGCUCAAGAAAACAGUGGUACUUCUUCAACAAAGAAGAAAAAUAAGUUUGUCAAUCUCUAUAAUAAAGAGGGACAGGACAGACUGGCUGUCUUGCUCCCAGGUCGACAUGCCUGCGAGUGCCUUGCCCAAAAGCACAAACUGAUUAACAACUGCAUCAGCUGCGGUCGCAUUGUGUGUGAGCAAGAGGGCUCGGGACCCUGCCUCUUCUGUGGAAGCCUGGUUUGCACAAAAGAGGAGCAGGAGAUCCUGCAGCGAGACUCCAACAAAAGCCAGAAACUACGAAAGAAGCUUAUGGGAGACUGUGGAGACAGAGAUUAUCUCCCACACCAAGAGUCCACGAUGAGGGCUGGCUUAGAGAAGGCUGUCCAGCACAAAGACAAACUGCUGGAAUAUGACAGAAACAGCGUCAGGAGAACUCAGGUUCUGGAUGAUGAGUCGGAUUACUUUGCCACUGAAUCCAAUCAGUGGUUGUCACCCGGUGAGCGAGAAAAGCUGAGGAAAAAGGAAGAGGAGCUAAGAGAUCUCCGCCAUGCCUCACGCAAGGACAGGAAAAUCACAUUGGACUUUGCUGGUAGACAAGUGAUUGAUGAGGGAAACAACCUCAAUGAGUACUACAACAAGUUGGAUGAGACCCUCAAGGCUAUGAGCAAUGACUCUGCGUCAAAGUCAAUAUAUUCUGAAAGACAAGGUGGAAGGCAUAACAGCAGGGAGCUGGUCAACCCCAACAUAAUGCAGUCUGCACCAGAGUGGGUGGAUAUUGGAGGCAGUGGAAGCCACAAAAGAAACGUGCAGCAGGCAAAGAAUUCGGUGGAGGACAAAGGGGUAGAAGAACGUUCCAGGUUGCGGCUCCAAGACAAAGAGCUGCAAGAGAUGUCUGACGGGGGCUGGUGCCUCAGCAUGCACCAACCAUGGGCCUCACUACUGGUCAGAGGCAUCAAGAGGGUAGAAGGGCGAACUUGGUACACAUCCCACCGGGGUCGUCUUUGGAUUGCUGCAGCGGCAAAGAAGCCCACCCCUCAGGAGACAGCUGAGGUGGAAACCAUGUACCGCCACAUCUACAAGAAAGAGCCCAGGUUUCCUAAAGACUACCCCACCGGCUGCCUGCUGGGCUGCGUCAACGUGACCGACUGCCUGUCUCAGGAGCAGUUCAAACAACAGUUCCCUGAUACCUGUGAGGAGUCUGCCUCCCCAUUCGUCUUCAUCUGCACCAACCCCCAGGAGCUGGUGGUGAAAUUCCCCAUGAAAGGGAAGCACAAGAUCUGGAAGCUGGAGAGUCACUACCAUCAGGGUGCCAAGAAGGGGCUGGUCCCAUCAGCUGCAGAGUGACUGCGAGGAGAAUCUGAGGAGGAAAAAACAGCCUGAUCUCACACGAGCAUGGAAAAUUAUGUUUUCUAAAAAAAUGGCCACACUCUUCUCUGGAUUGGCUCGACAUUUUAUCGGCAGUUGUCAGUGCUGACACAUUAUCAUUUCCAGCUCUGAGUGUUUAAUCGCUUGCAGUUUGCGGUUUACGUGAGCAAUAUUGCUUAAAAUAAUGCAGUACAUAGAUUUUUCAUCAUUUAGACAAAAUUCUAUAUUCUGUUUUGUCUGUAUUUGAUUGUUUGCAGAAAUAAAAUGAUCCUGAGGUUUCA